AUGGACGGUUCCAGCGGACUGUCUGAGUGUGUGCGCGUGAAGGAGGAGCCCGCCGAGUCACAAGCGGAGCCCGAGCACCCGCCGCCCGUCGCGGCGCCAGUACACAUCAAAGAGGAAUUUACAAAUGGGCAUCAUUCAGACAGUCUGAAGGAGGCAGAGUGCGUCAAGCAAGAGACGGAGUGUGAAAAUGAAGUCAAGGAAGAUCCCUCAUGCUCCGACAGUGAGUGUGGUGUGAGCGAGGCAGCCAUGCUGGCCGGCCUGUACACAGACCAUGAAGUCAAAGAUGAGCUUGUUCUGGGACAGGAGUGUCCAUAUCGACCUGACGUCACUCUAGUAGUUAAUGGUCGCGUUGGCUCUGUGCUUCGAGAUUGCUGCGUGACACUCGAACGUCUCCCACACGUCGAGGCUCUCGUCCAGCGCCAAGACACAACUUAUAUUGACACAAAAUCCGAUACUGACGAAUUAUACGCUAGAGAGAAAGUACCGAUAUGUGAUCUUUGUGGUGAAAGCUUCAGUCUAAAGUCAGAUUUAUUGAAACACGUCAUGGAUCAUAUCCACAGCCCUUCAAGCGCGGAGCAGGAAGGGAGUGGACACAGUUAUGCAUUUGAUGAUCAAUGGACGCAGGAGCAGGAGCGCGCCCUGUGCCGAAAAUACGAUGUUCGGGACUGCUGCGUGCUUCUCAAACGCCUCCAACACCACGAGGCUCUCGCCGGCAUAACUCAAACUGACACGGAAUCUGAUACAGAGGAAGUACACACUAGAGUUGACUAUGAGAAACCAACAUGUGAUCUUUGUGGAGAAAGUUUUGCAUUGAAAUCCGAUUUGAAGGAACAUAUCAUGAUUCAUAUCUAUGCACCUACCACGCACCAUCCACAAGCGGGUACUGAUAGGGAAUUAGAUACUGAAGAGAAAAGCAUCGAUAUUGACUGUGAGAAUAUGUACGUAGGUCGCACUAAACAAAUGUAUGAACAUUCAGAAAUUCAUACUUAUGAGUGUGACAUUUGCGGUAAAAUAUUUAAGCGAAAAAAUAGCUUAAAACAUCAUAUUAAAAUGCACUCGACCCAGUCAAAGUCUAAGGACUUUAAAUGCAAUAACAUAGGAGAGAAAUCAUACAACUGCGAAACAUGUGACAAGCGUUUCAUAGAUAGAAAUCGGUUGAAAAGACAUUUAUUAAUUCACACGGAUAAAAGACCAUAUUCUUGUGACGUAUGUAAAAAACGAUUUAGAACCAGGACAUAUUUAAAAUUGCAUACAAUGAUUCAUAGUGACUUAAGACCAUAUUCGUGUGACGUAUGUAAAAAACGAUUUAGAUAUUCGAAUCAUUUAAAACGUCAUACACGGGUUCAUGGUGACAUAAGACCAUAUUCGUGUAACGUAUGUAAAAAACGAUUUAAAACUGGGAAUAAUUUAACAAAUCAUACACUGAUUCAUGGUGACAUAAGACCAUAUUUGUGUGAAGUAUGUAAAAAACGAUUUAGAACUGACACUGAUUUAAAAAAACAUACACGGAUUCAUAGUGGGGAAAAAUCAUACACAUGCAAGAUAUGUGGAAUGAGUUUCGCAUCUAAUGGUGGGCUGAAUUCACAUAUACGAAAUCACCAGGGCUUGACAUCAUACUACUGCGAAACAUGUGGAAAGCGUUUCCCAACUAAAGGCCGGUUGACAAUACAUUUAACAAGUCACACGGACAUAAGACCAUAUUCGUGUGACGUAUGUGAGAAACGAUUUAAAACCGGGAGUAGUUUAAAAUAUCAUACACGGAUUCAUAGUGACGUAAGACCAUAUUCGUGUGACGUAUGUGAAAAACAAUUUAGAUAUAUGAGUCGAUUAAAACUUCAUACAUGGAUUCAUGGUGACAUGAGACCAUAUUUGUGUGACGUAUGUAAAAAAGGAUUUAGAACUGCGAGUGAUUUAAAAAUUCAUACACUGAUUCAUACUGGCAAAAAACUAUACUCAUGUAAGACAUGUGGAAAGAGUUUCACAUCUUAUAGUGGGCUGUAUUCACAUACAGGAAUUCACACCGGCUUGACAUCAUACUACUGCGAAACAUGUGGAAAGCGUUUCUCAACUAGAGGCCGGUUGAAUAGACAUUUAAUGAUUCACACGGAUAAAAGACCAUAUUCGUGUGGUGUAUGUGAACAACGAUUUAGAACUGGGAGUAAUUUAAAACAACAUACACGGAUUCAUAGUGGGGAAAAACCACACACAUGCAAAGUAUGUAACAAACGGUUCACGCAACUGUCAACCUUAAGGCAACAUGAAUUUACACAUACUGGAGAAAGGUGAUUUUCCAAUGACAUAUGUAACAAGCGGUUUGUCCGAAAAGAGAUGUAGAGAGACACAUUAGCACUAUUCAUUUAUUACGUAAGACUAUUUAAGGAGUGCGGGGGGGCGACCACGAGAGCAGUUAUCUAAAAUCGCAUGACAUAUGUUGGGGUAGACCUCGGCGGACUUUCUCUGAUCAGAUCGGGGAAAUCCUGAAGAAACGCCAGGUCAAGAGCACCCUAAACCGGCGAGCGUUUAUGAGUGUUAUGAAAGUGAAGGAAGCGAAAGAUGCACAUCAGAAUCGUAGCAAGUGGAAAUUCGUGGUCUCUGCCUACCCUUCCGGGAAAUAGGCGUGAUUAUAUGUAUGUAUGUAUGCAUUAACUGUUUAAUGAUAACUUUUUUAAACAAGAUUAGAGAGCUGUCACUUGUCCACAUAGAUAUAAUACAGCCCGUACACACUCGUCGAAAGCGCCGAGAGUCUCGGCAUCGCUCCGAUACAAUAGUAAUAUGAAGGCCCCUGUACACAAUGGGCCAGAGUGGCCCAGAUUGGGAGACGCAUUUAUGCGUUAGAGGGAGCAAAUGAUAUUGCUAUCUCAUUCUACCGCAUGGCUGCGUCCCUUGGACUGGCCGGCGCUGGCCCAUUGUGUUCAGGGGCCUUUAUAAUUAGGUUGAAGAACAUUGCAAGAUUUCAAGUCAAAUCAACGACGUAAAGUACAUAAAGCCCACUCCGCACUCGUGCGCGAAUCGCCGUGAACGCGAGUGUGG